AUGUUGGGUUGGUUCUCCCUCGGAGACACGCAAGAGCAUCACCAGCAGCAUGUUCUGAGCGAAGAGGUGGCGGGGCCUGAACCGUUGCCACAGGCCGCCGAGAUGGUCCGUGAUAAGCUGAAAAAGGCCGAGAUCAUACCCACUGUCAUCGACGACUUCCUCCCCUCCCUCGGCCUGCACGCCACCUGGCCCUCACACCACAAGCGCGCCGAGCUGGGCAACACCCUGCCGCCCUCCCAACUCGGCGACGAGCCCUCCAUCGCGCUGCACGACAUGCGCGCAUCCUCCCAGAACCCCACCACCACCACCUCCUCCUCCAAAAAAGUCACCUACGCCAUCACCCUAACCGACCCGGACGCGCCGUCACGGAAUGCACCCGCGUGGGGCGAGUUCUGCCACUGGGUCGCGGCCGGCGUGCUGGAGCCGGCGCUGUGCGACCCGCGCGAGCCGGGCCCCUGCGCCCCCGUGCUGUCCCACCUGCGCGAGAUUGUGCGCUACAAGGCGCCGGCGCCGCCCAAGGGUACGGGCUUGCAUCGGUACGUGCUGCUGGCGUUCGUGCCGAGUAAUGGGACGACGGAGAGGUUGCGGCUGUCGAGGCCGGGGGGGAGGAAGAGGUGGGGGUAUGGUGGCGGUGGUGGUGAUGAGGGUGAUGGGGAUGGGGAUGGGGAUGGGGAUGGUGGUGGUGGUGGUGAUGCGGGGAAGGGUGGGACGAGAGGGGUGAGGCAGUGGGCGAGGGAGAAUGGGCUCGCGCCUGUUGGGGCCAACUUUAUCUACGCCAAGCACGAGGAGUGA